AUGGGGUGGUCCCCCAGGAACGGCCCGCUACUCCAGGCCGCCCGGGCCCCGGGCUCCAGCCCCCUGUCCCCGCAUGACCGGAGAGUCCGGAGGUUCUCGCUGAGACCCCCGCCCGCCAGACCAGCGCCGCCACCGCCGGGGCCCGCCACCCCCUGCCAGGGCCGCGCCUCCCCUCACCCGCAGUCGUCGCGCCGCGCGCUCGGCCCGGGCCGGAUCCCAGCGCGCGUGCGCGUUACCGCCUCCUCGCCCCGGAGCUCCGGGCACAGAGCGAAACGCGGAAGCGGAUCACGGCCUGGGAAGGGAGGGGCGGCACUGGUCAAGCAGAAAAUGUCUGCUCCAAAUAGUAGUUUAGGGACCAGCUGCUUGCUGCUUGUGGCUGCAAAGUCACCAGGCACCACCCUACCAGCAGACGAUGUCAAGAGGACCACUCGAGAGGUGGAAGGCAAUUACCCCGUGUGGAACGAGGUAAAACGCAUCAGGACCCUCAUCUGGCACCUCAGGAACCGCCCCCUGCAAAAUGACUCUUUCCUGCAAGUCACCCUUCAGGACAUGGGCUCAAAAAAGAAGGAAAGGUUCAUUGGCCUGGCCACAGUACUUCUCAAGCCCUUGGUGAAGAAACCAAGUGAGGUUCUUUUCGUGAAGGACCUGACUCUGCUCAACCACUCUAUGAAACCCACAGACUGCACUGUCACCCUACAGGUGGCCCACAUGACCUACAAGGAUAUAGAGAAGAUAGGCGACGAAGGCCUCCUGGCCAUAACUGCUCAAGAGGUGGCCAGGCAGAAAUGGAUGUUCCCCAGUCCCACCGUGAACAAGACUCUGUCCCCAAAGCCUCAGCACUUUCAGGUCAUGGUGGAAGGUCGGAGCCUCAGACUGGGCCACAAGUCCUCCGAUAACCACAUCCCCUGCUUCUCCAGGGGCCAUUCUGGGGAACUUCUGCAUGUGGCUGAUGCUGAUGCGAGGCAGCAGAGAGGCAACAGGAGGGCAAAGUCUGACACGGGGGCUGAUUGCCUGCUUUGGCCACUCUUGUCUCUGAUCGUGGGUUAUCUGCAUGGGUAUCAGUCCCUGAAGAGACUCAGAUUUGACGGAGAUGCAGGGGGCCUCCUGGAGAAUGAAAAGUACCGGAUGGAGGAGCGGAGCCCAGGCCCCCAACGUCAGGCUCCCCUGUCUUCUCCUCUGCAGGUCCGAGUGAAGGUGUUCGAAGCCCGGCAGCUCCUGGGCAACGACAUCAAGGCAGUGGUGAAGGUGCUCAUCGGAGGCUAUCAGCACCACACUCGGAUCAAGAUGGGGAACAACCCUUUCUUCAAUGAGAUCUUCUUCCAGAAUUUUUAUGAGGUUCCAGCAAAAUUCUUCGAUGAGACCAUCUUAAUCCAGGUGAUAAAUUCCACAAUGUCGAGAGUCAAUGCAGAGAUCGGGAGAUUCCAGACAGAUAUCGGGUUUAUCUACCACUCUCCAGGUCACAUUCUCCUAAGGAAAUGGUUAGGCCUCUGCCAGCCAAAUGAACCCAGCAGUGGUGUGAGAGGCUACCUGAAAGUCACCAUCUGUGUCCUCGGUGUGGGAGACCAGGCCCCGGUAGAUCAAAAGCUGGCCUAUGAGGCUGGCGACACUGAAACUCAGGUCUUCAAGUCAACGGUGGUGCCGGUCAGCAUGGCCUGCUUGCAGUUCUUCGUCUACUGCGCCGAGGAUCUCCAUCUCACAAAACACCACUUAGUGAGUCCUAUGUUGGAGGUGGAACUAGUUGGGGAAAAGCUGAAGACACACGUCCAGCCACAGACGGACACCCCAAUUUGGAACCAGAUCCUGACCUUCCGGAUACAGAUGCCCUGCCUCUCCAGCUACAUCAAGCUCAGAGUCUUAGACUGCCCCAGGAACAGGUGCCAAGAUGAGAUUGGGACAGUCAGCCUGUCCCUCAACCAAAUUUCAUCCACUGGAGCAGAAAUAGAAGGCAAGCAAGCUCCCGCCCCCGACCUCUUGCUCCUCCCCCACCUGGCCCCGCCCCUCUCACCCUCUCCUCCUCCAGGAAUGUACUCAGGCUUCCUGCCCUGCUUUGGCCCCACCUUCCUUACUCUGCGUGGGGGUAAAAAGGCCCCUUUCAGGAUCCAGGAAGAAGAUUCUAAUAUUCCCAACGCUGUUAAGGAUGGUUUAGCUUAUCGAGGCCGAGUCUUCCUAGAGAUAAUCACCCACAUGAAAUCCCAUCAAGACACUAUAAUGAAGGAUCUGUCCCAUGACGUGAUCAGUGUGGAGAAGCAGCAGAACCGCCAAAAGUAUGGGCUGUGCGUCAUCUUCCUUUCCUGUACCAUGAUGCCCAGCUUUAGGGAUCUGAUCCAAUUCGAGGUCAGUAUUGGCCACUAUGGAAACAAGAUGGACCUGAGUUACAAGCCCCUCGUCUCAACCACACAGUACAGCCCGGUGAUAUACGAUGGGAACAUCUACCAUUACGUGCCCUGGUACAACACCAAGCCCGUCGUGGCUGUGACCUCCUACUGGGAGGACGUCAGCUUCCGCAUGAACUGCCUCAACCUCCUCCAGUUCACGCGGGACCGCCUGAAAGCCAACCUGGACACUCUGAAAUCCAUGAGGAAUCCGAGGGACCCAGCUCUACUCCCCCACUGGGAGAAACUGCUGAGGGAGCUGGUAGAGGACUGCAAGCGCCCUCUGCCCUGCAUGACUGACCAACCCAAGGCCACUGACCUGGACAAGAAGAGGUGGCAGCUCCGAAGCCUCCUUCUGAGGGAAUUGGCCCAAAACGCCAAGAAAGCCCAGCCCAGGGACAUGGUGGCCACCGUGGAAAGCUGGCUGUGCCGCCUCAAUGCCGUGCUCCCUGAGCCCCAGGUGAGCCUUCCAGACGUGAUGAUCUGGCUGAUGUCCCGGGAGCAGCGAGUGGCCUACGCCCAGGUGCCUGCCCACAGUAUCCUGUUCUCUCCGGCCGGGGCCCUGCACUCCGGCAGGUUCUGUGGGAAGACACAGACCCUCCUCCUGCAGUACCCAGAGGGGGAAGGAGAAAAGGACACGCUCCCAGCCCAGCUCCGCGUCUGCAUGUGGCUUGGCAAUGUGAAGGACAGCAAGGAUCUGCAGCUGCUCCGCCAGGGCGAAGUGGUCGUAUAUGCAGAGACGUACGAGAACCAGGCCAAGUACAAAGACCAGUGGGGGCAGCAGGGGCUGCAUCGCUGCCCGAACUUCUCGGACGUCAUGGGGCGCAAGGCUAUCCCCAAGGAGGACUUCAGGGAGCCCCAUGGGUGGCACUGGCAGGGGAAGUGGACAGUGGAGCCUCAAAGGAGACUUCUCCUGGACACAGACAUCAACAAGAGCCAGGUGCUGGAGGAGGUGUAUGAGAACCAGCGCCGGGACACAACAGGGGCCUGGGUGCCCGCCACCAUCCCCAACACGGACGUGAAAGGAGAGCCCGUGGAGGCCCGGGAGAACAUGAAGUGCCCCAAAGGCUGGCACGUGAAUGACAACUGGGCUGUGGAGCUGAACCACGCAGUGGACAAUGAAGGCUGGGAGUACGGCAUGGGCAUCCAGCCCUCAGGCCUGCCCCUGGUCUGGAACUCGGUGGAGAAGACCUACUACUCACGCCGCCGCCGGCGAUGGGCACGUGUGCGCUACCGGGACCAUGGGAGGCUGAGCCAUGAGCAGGAGACCCUGUCCUUCCUGCAGCUGCACCACCCCAGCCUGGCUGAGGAUGAGGCAGGCUGGGAAUAUGGCAUCUUUGGCUCCAAGUUCCACCUGAACCCUCAGCCCCAGAGCCAGUUCCGCCGCCGCUGCUGGCACCGCAGGCUGGUCCCCAACAAGGUCAAGGGCAUUGCACCCAUAUUCCUCCUGGAGGGAUCCUUGAACAUAGACAUGAAAGAGCAGGCCAGGAAGGAAGCAGACAUGGCAUCCUCGAUACGGAGAUUGGACAGAAUCAGGAGCUCCUGGAGGGCUCCCCCAGAGAUGACUCAGCCACCCACCCUGCCCUUCAUCUACUACAUCUUCAACAGUGAGCAUUCAGCUGAUGGUCUGCUUGGGUGGCCCCGUAUCUGAGGGCAGGGAGCAGGGGCUGUGGGUUGGGGAUCCCAAGGCAACUGGUGGACACAGCUGCUCUCUUACCCAGAGCCCCACUACUACCAGCUCUUCUGCUAUAUCUACCAGGCCCGGAACCUCAUGUCCAACCAGAUCCAGACUUUCCAGGGGCCCUUCAUUCGGCUAGUCUUCUUGAACCACAGCCAGUGCACCCAAACCCUGAGGAGCUCUGCCGCCCCUACCUGGGCCCAGACGCUCAUCUUCCAGCACCUCCUCCUGUACGAGAACCCCGAGGACACUAAAGAGAGCCCGCCAUUUGUGGUAUUGGAACUGUGGCAGCGGGACCCCAAGGGCAAGGAGAGCUUGUGGGGACGGAGCAUGUGGGCACCGGUGGUCUGGCUGGAUGUCCAAAAACGGAUCCUGCCCCCCAUGAGGUGGCACCCCCUUGUAAAAGGGUUGGAGGACGAAGAGGGCGAGAUCUUGGCGUCCUGUGAGCUGAUCCUUGAGACUGAGGUGCUGGGAGAGAGGCAGCUGCCCAUCUUAAGUGUUCCCUGGAAAAACGGGAUCUACAUCCUCCCCAAGAGCAUCCAGCCCACGCUAAGGAAGAUGGCUAUUGAGAUGCUGGCCUGGGGCCUUCGGAACAUGAAGCAGGUGCGUUCGCCCCAGCUCCUGGUGGAAUGCUGGGACGAGUCCCUGCAGACAGAGCCCAUCCGGGACUUCCAGACCAACCCCAACUUCACCCAGUCAGCCCUCUUCCUCACACUGCACAUGCCCACGGACGAGACCUUUGCCCUGCCCCUCGUGCUGAAGGUGGUAGACAACAAGGACUUCGGCCAGCAGACCCUGGUGGGUCAGGCCAACAUCGACUCCCUCCAGCCCUACUUCUGUGACCCCUGGGCUGAGGACUACAUGCCCCCACAGCCUCCACUGCUGUCUGUGAAAAAGUACCAGGAGGUCCUAGGUUACCUCUAUGAAAAGUUCUGGUUCAAGUCCAGCAAAGCUGAGGAUGACUACGAGCAUGAAGUGGAUUGGUGGAGUAAGCUGCUCUGGGCCACAGGAAACAUUCCCAAGACAGUGAAGUACAAGUACAAAGACCUUCACACCCUGGAGGUAUACGACUGCGAACUAGAGGCCGUGCCGGCCUUCCGAGGCCUGCAGGACUUCUGCCAGACCUUCAAACUUUACCAGGAACGGCCCCAGCUGGACAGCCCUGUGGUAGGGGAGUUCAAGGGCCUAUUCCGUGUCUACCCCUUUCCUGAGAAUCCAGAAGCCCCCAAGCCCCCUCGCCAGUUCUUGCUUUGGCCAAAGAAAGAGGACUUCCCGCAGCAGUGUGUGGUGAGGGUGUACAUGGUGCGAGCAAUCAACCUGCAGCCCCAAGACACCAAUGGUCUGUGCGACCCUUAUGUGAUCCUGAAACUGGGAGACACAAAGGUUGGCAACCGCGAUAAGUACCAGCCCAACACCUUGGAUCCCAUUUUUGGCAUGAUGUUUGAACUGAGCUGCACCAUCCCCCUGGAGAAGGACCUAGAGAUCCAGCUGUAUGACUUUGACCUACUUUCACCUGAUGAUGAGAUUGGAACCACAGUCAUCGACCUUGAAAACCGACUCCUCUCUGGCUUUGGGGCGCGUUGUGGGCUCUCUAAAUCCUACUGCCAGUCAGGCCCCUUUAGGUGGCGGGAUCAGAUGCCCCCCAGCUUGCUCCUGGAACACCAUGCCAAGCGGAAAGGAUUGCCUCCGCCUCUGUUCAGCCCUGAGGAGGACUCCGUGUUAUACAAUGGGAAAAAAUUCAGACUGCAAAGCUUCGAGCUCAAGCCCCCUACUGCUCGUUAUUUGGGACCUAAGAAAGAACGCCUUGCGCUGUACCUCCUGCAUACCCAGGGGCUGGUACCCGAGCACGUGGAGACCCGCACACUGUACAGUAACAGUCAGCCGGGUAUUGACCAGGGAAAGGUGCAGAUGUGGGUGGACAUCUUCCCUAAGAAGCUUGGGCCCCCCGGCCCCCCGGUCAACAUCAGCCCCAGAAAACCUAAAAGGUAUGAGCUGCGCUGCAUUAUCUGGAAAACUGCCCUGGUGGACCUGAAAGAAAACAGUUUAGGUUCCGAGAAGAUGAGCGACAUCUAUGUCAAAGGGUGGUUAUUCGGGCUAGAGAAGGACAUGCAGAAAACGGACAUCCACUACCACUCCGAGAUGGGUGAGGGCAUCUUCAACUGGCGGUUCGUCUUCACCUUGGACUACCUGGCAGCAGAACAAAUGUGCGUCUUGAGCCAGAAGGACUACAUAUGGAGCCUAGACCCGACAGUGAUGAAGUUCCCAGCCCGGCUCGUCAUCCAGAUCUGGGACAAUAACAUCUUCUCCACUGAUGACUUCCUAGGGAUCCUGGAGCUGGAUUUGCCUGACAUGCCCUUCCCGGCCCGGGACUCCAAGCUAUGCUCCAUCAGGAUGACCGAUGCAGAUCCCAAGUGGCCCCAUUUCCUCCAGUACAAGCACUUCUCCCUCUUUAAGAUGAAGACUGUAACUGGCUGGUGGCCUUGCCAGGUCCUCAAUGGUGGCAAAUGGCGCUUGUCGGGUAAAGUGAAGAUGACCCUGGAGAUUCUGACAGAGAAGGAAGCUUUAAUCAAACCUGCAGGACGAGGCCAGUCAGAACCCAACCAAUACCCCACACUCCAUCCACCUCCACGCAGCGACAUGUUGUUCAUGUGGUUUCGGUCACCUGUUACAAACUUCAUCAGGGUGGUCUGGAGACGCUCUCGCUUCAAAAUCAUAGCCAUUGCAAUCAUACUGGUUAUGGGGCUUCUGCUGUUCAACUUUAUCUAUUCAGCUCCGAACUAUUUGGCCAUGAACGUGAUCAAACCUGAACUUCGGCUGAAUGCUCCCGUUGAGUUUCAGGCCAACAUCGUCUAUUCACUAAACACCAGUGAUACCAACCCUUCCAUCCCCACAACUCAUCAUCUGAGCCUCAAGCCUACAACAGGCCCUAAGCCGAAACUCCUCUAGCGACCCAGGAAUCACCUGCAAGAUAUGUUUCCACAACUUCCAGCCCCACAAGCCUAAUUCUCUCAUUUCUGCCUGACUCUCCUCCUGCCACCAACAGCUCUCCCCUUGGCCUUCCUACCAGUUCGUUAGUUCUAGCGGCUAGGGAGAUUCCAGCCAUUCUGCUCAGAAACCACCUCAAUGAGAAGGGCAGAGUUGCAAUUUUCUGUUGAAAUAAAUCAGUUUUGUAACAGCUCUGUUACAAAACUUGUAUUUCAGCAGUCUAUUUCUCUUGUAAUCUGGGGGGUUGACGACACCACAAAUGGCUGAAGAGGCCAGCCUAUCUGACCAGGCCCGCAAGGGGGGAAUGAUGCCACCUUCAUGCACCACCCCUGGUCUUUAGUCAGGGAACCAGAAGGAGAGGGUGGCUCCCAUGGGCGAAGCAGCCUGACCAGGCCUCGCAGGCACCCCUUCCUUCCCUGCUCCUCUGCCCUAGGGCCUCGUAAGGUGAAAGAUCCCUGCACGCAGGGGCAACUCCCUCCUCUAGACACACCUGGGGUGCAAGCGCCCAGAACCUUGGGCCCCACUCACAAUGGGAAACAUAUGUUUCUAGAACAAAAGGCAAGAGCCAGGGCAGAACUUACCAUGCUGGUCUGAGGGAUUCCUCACACUGCACAUUUCUCAGAGGCCGGCCUCAGGAUGGGGAAGUGCACGGAUGUCCUCCCCGCCCGUGGCAUGGAACCUCCAGGAGCUCAUGAGCUAGAAUCACACACAGCCCCCA